AUCCGGCGGCACAGGAAGUACUGCAGCACAAAUGUUUUUGCUAGUUAGCAGCUGGCUAGCACGUAACUUGGUCGGUGUUUUCGCCCCCCCACUAACUAGCCAACAAACUAUACCUGAAUGCAGCAUUAUUUUUUAAGUUAAUGCUUUUUCGGGGGCACAGUUUGUCGAUAUCAGGGCAAUGUCGGACAGAAAGCGAACCAGGGAGAAGGAGGACAGACCAGACCACAAGAGACACAAGACAUCCAAACAGGAUUUGGAGAAACUCAAAACACAAACGAAAAGACUCAACCAAGACGUCCAAAAACUGAAACAUGUUGAGACGUUCUAUGAGAAACCUCCACCAGGAUUCAUAAAGGAGCACGAGGACAAACCAGAGGACUGUAUUCCUGCUGAACCAGGAAAUGAAGAAGCCAGGAGCUUCCUGGCACACGCCCCUACCAAGGGGCUGUGGAUGCCUCUGGGGAGGGAGGUGAAGGUGAUGCAGUGUUGGAGAUGCAAGCGCUACGGCCACAGGACAGGAGAUAGGGAGUGUCCGUUCUUCAUCAAAGGCAACCAGAAACUGGAGCAGUUCAGAGUGGCUCAUGAAGACCCAAUGUACGACGUCAUUCGGGAAAACAAAAGGAAUGAAAAAGAAACCAGGAUCCAGCAGCUGCAGCAGCUGCUUCAGGACACCACCUCCUCCAAUUCAGACAGUUCCUCUUCCUCCUCUUCUUCUUCCUCUGACCACCAUCGCAGCAAGAAAAGGAAGAAGAGGAAGGACAAAAAGAAGAAAGACAAGAAGAAGAGAAAAAGGAAACGAAAGCACAAGUCCUCCAAAACCAGUGAUUGCUCAGAUUCAGAUUGAGUGUCUGGAACAUGCUGAUAUACGUACUAUGUGAUUUAAACAUAGGAAGAGACUGUGAAUGAAGUAGCAGCAAUGGUAGAUCUCACGCAGGAGUGAAGUGUUCUGCAGAGUGCCUCAGUAAGAACUGCACUCUGGAGACCUUUUUAAGCCUUUUCUCUGCAGGUUGAACCCCUAAAACUGGAAAUCCACUGCGCAUGACUUCUCCCAGCUGUUUAAUUCUCUCCAGGGCGACAACUUGCAUUUACAUCCACUCAAUUAGAUCACACGGCACAGGGUCACAUGGAACAACUGCUUAAGUUAGUGUGUGUAUGUGUGCCUUGGUGCAUAUGUGUGUCAAAAAGCAUUAGCUGCAUGGGUAAUGAAUCUAAAGUGAUGUGAAAGGAGCCCGCUAGUGUAAGAGAUAAUGUUCUUUUAUGGGGUCUAAUAAGAUAGCAUGUCAGCAAAUACAGUAUGUUAUUAAGAGAUUGUGGUUUCCACCAUUUUUUUUCUAUCCCUGCCAUCUUGCUGCUUUUUAAUACUUUGAUUGUAGAGUGUGUUCAACGCAGAGGUGGGGGGGGAGUCCAAGUUAAACGUUGGAGUACAGUAAGAAUUUGUCUUCCACACAAGCUUGAAUGUUUGAAUGCUUGUGACUGUACAUAAAUAUUUUGAAUUAUUUGAGGUUGGAAUAUGCUUAUUUGCUCUGAAAAAAAGCCACAAAGAUGGGGAAAGAAUGUAUGUGAAUGUGUUCCCUUAUUCUGAGAAUAACAAUGGCUCCUCUUUCUGCAAUGUUUACCCAAUUCAAGGCUACAAAAACAAAGAUGUUAAUAAUCUUAGCCUUGACUUAAUUUGUAUGACUAUUUUUCAUGUUGGCGACAUAAUCUUUUGAGGAUGGUGCAUUGAAACUCCACACACAGAAGUCUGAUCAUUAAAAAAUACACGGCGUA